AUGUUCCAAACUUGGUCAAACUCGGCCUACACUGAUUCCAUUAUGAGACACACGGUCCUUUUCUCGCUAUUCCUUCUAACGCAUUCACUCGAUUCUAAUGAUUCCGCAAUGCAGGCCUUCUACUUUGACUGUUUUCCCGGAUGGACCAAAAUUGAGCGAAAAUCUCAUUCGAUAUGUGUUAAAGUUUUCGCUGGCAGUCUAACAUGGAAUGACGCACAAUCCGAGUGCAAGAUGAACUAUGGAGCUUUAAUGGGGAUUGAUAGUUUGAAUGAGCUUCAAAUUGUGUCAGAGCUGGCUGCGAAGGCGAUACAAUCAUUGGGCCGAAAGAAUGGCGGCAUCUGGCUCGGAGCGAAACGGAAAGAAUUUUGCAUUGGCAACAACGCAACUCUCGAUGCUUGCAAGCCAUAUAAGACGGCAUCGUUCUACUGGACUGACCUGAUGACAACAGGAAUCGCAGGAUUCAAUUUCCCCAGGAACCAGCCGGAUAACAUCGGAAACAAUCAAAAUUGCGUCUACGUGUAUGCCGGCGAACCGGCGACCGAUCAAUUUCAGCUAAACAGUCCCACUGAGAUGGACGAUGCCGCAUGCGACUACGUUUACAAUUCUAAAAUCAAUGACGCCAGAAGCAUAAUGGGAUUCGCGUGUGCCUACAGAGCUCCAUGA